AUGGGUUCGGGCGUUGAUUCAAUGAAGAACGGCUUUUUAGUCGUUCCAUUCGCACUGAACGAAUCAGAAAAGUUGAAGGAUUGCUUGAAGGCGGCAAGCGAUGAUGAAAGUAGGCCUUUAGCUCACUACAUGUUCAUGAAGAAACAUCAGUCGAAAAACGAAAGCGAGCAAAACUGUAUUUUUGUCGUAAACUUGCCUCUACUCACAAACUUGGAAAAUUUGAAAAAAGGCAUGAGCCAAAUAUUGGGACGAUAUGGAGCUGUAGCACAUGUGUCACAACUGCUGCAUAACGAUGAGUUUGGUCUCCGGGAUGUCGACCUUUCUAUCCUCACCUCUAAUUUGAUGUCGACUGGAGACGCCGAAGAAAAGCGCUUCACUCCGAGAAACACGGCUCUGUUACAGUUCAUCGACUCCUCUAGUCUUGAUAAUGCAUGGAGUGCUUUGCGGAAGUACUCACAAGAGCGUGACAACUCCAAGCUGGUAAGUUGGACUUUUGAGUCGCCUUCUUUGGAAACUUUUACCAAUUUUUACAAGCCAAUAGAUACAGAAUACCUGAAAGAGGACGUGUAUGCGCAUAUGGCACUUUUCGAGCAAAGAGAGCAACAAGCUCAAGAAGAAGCUGAAUCUUCGAUUGUGGACGAAGAUGGAUUCACGCUAGUGGUGGGGAAGAACACCAAGUCUCUGAACUCGAUUCGCAAAAAGAUUCUCAACAAGAAUCCUUUACUCAAGCAUGAAAAGGUUGUUAAGCCUCCAACAAUAGUCGACAAGAAGGCAAAGCAAGAUUUCUACCGCUUUCAAAUCAGGGAACGUAAGAAGCAGGAAAUUAGCGAGUUAUUGACGAAGUUCAAACAAGAUCAAGACAAGGUCAAAGAGAUGAAGAGCAGGCGGAGAUUCAAUCCUUACUCUUGA